UGAUAACUUUUUUACUUGGAAGGGGCAGUCUAACUAGACAUGGGCAGCUUUGGUUAAAAAAUUUCCAUAUAUGGUCACACUGAUCGGUUUCGUACCCAGAUACUAAUAUUAACUAGUAUUUGCUGCAAGCAGCUUUAUCGUGGCCAUAGCUCUGCUUUACCCUGCAUCCGGUAUUGGCCUGUGAAACAAGUGACAAGAGGUUCCCGGACAGUAUGUUAAGUUCUGUACAAUGUUGGAAGUCUCACAACAUGACAUAUAAAGACGAAUUAAGAGGAACUAUACCGGAAAUCAUAGUUCCACCCAUGAUAUCAUUACUCUUACAUGGAUUCUAAUUGGUUGAAAUGACCGUGCGAGUGUAGGAGAAGUCUUGACCGUUCUGCCAAUGGAGAUUUUGAGAUUCAUAUUUUCAUUGAAUCAAUAUUGUUUUAUUUGUUAACUGUUUGCUUUCAUUUCACGACUUCUACAUGGAGAAACAGUAAAGUAUGAAUAGUUUCGCUGCCAUGUGGCCUCAGUUGGCUUUAUUGUUCUCGUUUUAUUUUUGGAUUUCAUUUUGUAUCGAUUGCAAAGAUUCACCUGUAUCAACCAGCAACAUAACUAUCUCCUCACGUCUGAAUCGCCAACAUGGGGCUAAAAGUCUUAAGGGUUUGUCAGACGAACCUUGGGUUGGUGGUACUGGGUCUUCAAACUGGGUUAGCUUGGAGUUCCCCAAACCAAUUAAAUUGAGCAGUCUUUCCAUGACUGGUGGUGAUGUAGUUGUGAAUGGCACUGUGGUGAAAUGUCAUGUUGAGAUAUUUUUGUUAGAAUAUAAGAAGGAAAGAAGUACAGCAUGGGAACGAUAUAAGCCAAAGUUCCUUAACGUAACGCCUGUGUUUAAUAAACAACUUAAAGAACUAAUAAAUGUAAAAAGUAUCAAUAUAACAGUAAAGAAAUAUACCGGAUGCCCUGCAGUCAAUUUGGAGCUAAAUUGCGUUGAUAACAACGAAUGCACCGAAACGCCGAACGUUUGUGGUCCUGACGAAAUUUGCCGCAACACAUUUGGCUCGUACUAUUGUAUUUGCCAAACUGGUUUCACAGGAAAUAAUUGCAGAGAUAUUGACGAGUGUACGGAAAACUCAAAUGCAUGUCAUGGUGAUGCUGAUUGCACAAAUACUGCGGGGUCAUAUUCAUGUAAUUGUAAGGAUGGAUUCACUGGUAAUGGAAGGUCUUCUUGCAAAGAUAUUGACGAGUGUACGGAAAACUCAAAUGCAUGUCAUGGUGAUGCUGAUUGCACAAAUACUGCGGGGUCAUAUUCAUGUAAUUGUAAGGAUGGAUUCACUGGUAAUGGAAGGUCUUGCAGAGAUAUUGACGAGUGUGCGAAACACCCAUAUGUAUGUGACCGACUUGCUGUAUGUCAUAACACUCCGGGGUCAUAUUCAUGUAAUUGCAAUCCUGGAUACAGUGGUGAUGGAAAAAAUAAUUGUGGUGAUAUUAACGAGUGUACGGAAGACCCAAAUGCCUGUGGUGAUAAUGCUGAAUGCGAAAAUAAUAUUGGGUCAUAUUUAUGUAAUUGUAAUGAUGGAUAUGCUGGUGAUAAAAAAAUGUGCAAAGAUAUAAAUGAAUGCAAUCAAGCAAAUUUAUGCAACCUAUCGCGUUCAAAAUGUGUAAACACCCCAGGAAGUUAUCAUUGUAAAUGUGAUAAAGGCUAUACAGGAGUUGGUUUCAAUUGUUCAGAUAUCGACGAAUGUGGACUUCAUAAGUGUUCACGCAAUGCCGACUGUAUUAAUACUGUGGGCUCAUUUAUUUGCACAUGCAGAAAAGGUUAUAGAGGAGAUGGCAUGAAUUGUAUUGGGCAAGAUGCUAAGAUUACAUCUAUUAGGUCUUCUAAUACUGAGAACAAAUUCCGAUUUCGCGAUCGUCUAGAAUUAUUCUGCAACGCAUCGGGUCUACCAGUACCAAAGAUUGAGUGGAAAAAAGAAGGCGACGAUGCAAUUACCCAUAAAGCCAAAUCAGUUAACAGUACGAAAUAUUUGUGGGCAGCAAGUACUUUGGUUAUUAAAUCGCUAAAGUUGAAUGAUGCGGGACUCUACAAUUGUACUGCAAAAAAUGAAGAAAUGGACAUAGAAGGAAUUUUCGUUCAGGUUAUUGGAACACCAACUUCUCCUAAAGCCACAAUUAAAGAAGUCACUGAUACUGACAUACACGUGUCUUGGGAAAAACCAUUGGAUUCAGGUUCAAGUGAUAUUAAUCGCUACGUCGUAUAUUAUUAUGACACAUCAAAUGCAAAGAAAAAGUCAGAACCCUUUUUGGGUGAUAAAUGGUCUGGAAUAAUCUCUAACUUAAGUGCGAAUACAGAGUAUGCAAUAUGGGUGGUGGCGGGAAAUGAGGAAGGUGAAAGUGAGCAUGAUGGUGAUCUUGUUCAUGCUACUACUCUCGCUCCAAAACCAGUUGCGCUACCUCAACCUGAAAUGGGCAGAGCUUCAGAUACAUCUGUUAAGAUACAAGUGAAGAAGUUUGAUAGUCAGUCUGAAGCAGCAUUGCAAGUGAUCGUUCAAAAGGUGUCAGAAAGAAGAAAAAGGUCAACGUCUGGUAUUCCAAACCGUAUAUAUGGUUAUAAAGAAGCGAAAUGUGAAGAACUAACGGACUGUUACUAUAUUGCGGCUGAGAUACAAAACAUUGAUAUAGAGUUCGUUGUUGGUGAUGGUAAAAUGUAUGGCAAUUACAAGAACGUUGAACUUGAGCCUUCCACGACUUAUAAUAUUUAUACCAGAGGUGUUUCAUACAACAAGGAUAAGAAAGUAAAUUAUGGAGACCCAUCUCCGCGGUUACAAAUAUCGACAAAAGGUCCCGGUAGCAGUGCAGAGAGUGAUGAUGGUAGCGUUGUUGGUCUCGCAGUUGGUUUAAGUGUGGUUGUUGUUGUGCUUAUUAUUCUCGCUUUUCUGGCUUUUAUCUAUAUCAGAUCAAAACGUCCUCAAACAAUUGAGAUAGAUCCUGAAACAGGGGAGAAAAAAGGACGGAAAAAAAUGAAUUCAGAAUUACUACCCCUGACGAGGAAAACACAUGGAAAAAGAAAAAGUGGUCAGGUGGAAGAUGGUUCUCCAGAUCCCAAUCAUCCACCAGUGGCUACAACUGCUUUCGCAAAGUAUGUCGGGAAGCUUCAUAAAUCUGAUGAUCGUGGAUUUAUGAUUCAGUACAAUACCUUGGAAACGAGCCAGACGUAUACGAGCGAUUUCGCCACAUCCCCAGAAAAUAAAGAAAAGAACAGAUACGCCAAUAUUGUUGCAUAUGAUGUUUCUAGAGUUCAUUUGAAACUGAUCGAUGAUGAUGACAAUUCAAGUUAUAUCAAUGCCUCGUUAGUUGAUGGAUAUAACUCGGCAAAUGCAUAUAUCGCAACCCAAGGUCCUCUUCCUGGAACAUUCAAUGACUUUUGGCGAAUGGUUUGGGAAAGGAAUUGUUCAUCAAUUGUAAUGCUUACCAAUCUACAGGAAAGACACAAGUUGAAAUGUCAUAAAUAUUGGCCUGAGGAAUCUGAGGUCUAUGGUGAGAUCACCGUGAUAGCUACACGAAGAGAACAAUAUGCUGAUUAUGUGAUUCGAACCUUCCUUUUAAAGAUGAAUGAAACAGAAGAAGAACGUGAAAUUAAACAAUUUCAUUUCACUGUGUGGCCAGAUCAUGGCGUGCCUGAAUAUCCUACUGCUAUUCUUGCAUUCCAGAGACGUGUACGUGCUUAUAGUACUCGUGACUCAGGACCUCUUGCUGUCCAUUGCAGUGCUGGUGUUGGGCGUUCUGGUACAUUCAUUGUAAUUGAUUGUAUGCUGGCUAGGAUACAAAGUGAACAGGCUGUCGACAUAUAUAACUAUGUUAGAUAUCUGAGAACCAGACGAAUGUACAUGGUUCAGACGGAGGAGCAAUAUGUGUUCUGUCAUGAUGCUCUACUAGAAUCUAUUUUGUGUGGGAAUACACAAAUGGCUGCUCACAAUUUACGCAUAGAAAUGAACAAAUUAAGAGACAGAGACGCAACAACGAAACUUACUGGCUACGAGGCUGAAUUUAAGACACUGAACAAAGUCAGUCCCUCGUUACCAAAGGAAUCUUUUACUGUUGCAACAUAUCCAGUGAAUUCUUCUAAGAAUCGCUACCAUGACAUACUUGCAUCUGAUCAUGACCGAGUCAUUCUGGGUGAUGAAGAUGAUAAAGACGAUGGCCCUUAUAUAAAUGCAGUUUAUGUUGAUGGUUACAAACAACAAAACGCAUUCGUUUUAACUCAAGCUCCGCUGAAGGAUACAAUAAAAGAUUUCUGGCAAAUGAUGUAUGAAAAACAUUCUGCUUGUGUUCUUCUUUUGACAAAUCUCACAGAGGAAGAAGGAGAUUUUCCGCAGUUCUGGCCUGACGAGGGAUCUGAAGAUUAUGAUGUGUUUAACGUUGAGCUGGUGUCAGAUGCAUCGAAAGGUGAUACUGGAAGUGAAGAUCAAUUCCAACAAGAGAAACUUAGCAAAGAUAUUGUUGAAAGGAAAUUUAAAAUAACUAAGGAGGAAGACAAGUCCCUGGUAAUUAAAAUGUUUCAACAUCUUUCGUGGACGGAAACAUCAGUUCCAACAGAUAUUUCUGCAAUCGUAUCGUUAAUCCAACGUAUUGAAAAAUGGCAGCAGCAUUCUGGCAAUGGCCCUAUCACGAUUGUUUGCAAUGAUGGUCAAGGUCGCAGUGGAACGCUUGCAGCUUUGUGCUCAGUUUUAGAACGAGUCAAAACAGAACAAGUCGUGGAUGUAUUUCAAACUAUUAAAGCAUUGCGUAUACAAAGACCAGGCCUCGUCAAGCAUGUGGAACAAUAUCAAUUCAUUCACUUGGGGGUUCAGGAAUACUUGGACAGUUUUGCCGAUUACGCCAAUUUUAAAUGAGAUUUUUAAUAAUAUGUUCAUUUUAUUUGCAUGGAGUGCGCAGUGGGGAAUUAAUGUGUGAAACUUAUUCCUUAUAUUACUAGGUUUGUAAAUUUAAAUAAUUUAGUGUAGUGUACAAUUUUUUACAAAUAUAGAAAUAGUAAAAAAUAUUGAUACCCCUAUAACAGUUUUGCUAACUUUUAUAAAAUAAGUGAGCUGUUUUGCAUGUCCAGGCUUGUGAUAUGUGUUAAUUAAUAAGGUAUCUAAAUGUUAUAAUCAAAGCCCCAUAUACACAGACGAGCGUUCACGGCAGCUUCUUCAAACCACGGUUUAAAUGUUUGAUCAUGUGUACGAGCGUCAACGAAUAGUUGUCAGGACCACUGGGACUGUUUACAGGAUGAAAAAGAAAACCCUUGCGACCCCUGUAAAGGCCCUGGGUACGAGGUUGUGCGAAGAGUCGAACAAAUGUACUUGACUUUGCUCGUCUCAGUGUAUAGGGGCUCAUAUAAACUAAUUUUAAAGCAGUUAUUGGAAGUUUGGGAAGAUAGGUCUAAAAUAAUUUCUAGUCUAGUUAAAAAAAUUGUAAAUGAUCCUAUACUAUUGUAGAGCGCUGUAGUUUCUACAUGUAAUCUUGUAUAUAUAUAUUCAAUGGUAAAAAGAAUC